GUGUGAUGAACCGAAACUGAGGUUUUUAUUUACAACAAAUUUGUUUUAGAGAAGUAAAUAUCAUUUAUUUUCAUUAUUACUUGACAAUUUUCAAAUAUUUUGAACUUAAUUUAAAGAAUUAAUCUAUUAAUAUAAAAUCAAUCGUUUGUUAUUUGAGGUUGACUUAACUUAAAGACUUAACGAAGAGUCUGAAAUUGUUAACUCCGUGCAAUUUAACUUGCAGUGACAUUUUCAUUUUGUGACAUUUGGCUUUUUAUUUAAAACGCAAAUCAUGGGCUUGUUGUAUUGUGUAAACCUACAAGUAGCCACAGAAUCAGCUGUUUUCAUAUGUGUGUGAAACAGCCGUGGUCACCUGAUCGAAUCUGCAUUUUUUGACACAGAGAUGUAAAUAAAAGGAACGUAUUGCAGUUUAACAACUUGUUUGUGAACAUGUAUUUGUAAUGGAGAAUAUUUUAGGGUACAUAAAUCAGGUUAAUGAAUAUUAAUUACAUUAACAAUUUUACAUUAACAAUAUAAGUUGAAAUAUUCAAAAUGAUUUCAACAAAAACCAAAAUAUUUAUAAAAAAUGAGAUACAAUUAAGGAACAAUAACAAUAAUCAAAACAAUCUACUAAGCAAUAAAUAAUAUAUACAAAAUAUUCUAAAUCACCGUUACACAGUUAUAUAUAUGAUAAAAUUGGAAACAUUUAAUAAUAUUUCGAAAAAAUAUAUAAUAGGAAUUAAAACAACCGAAAAAUAUUUGAAUAUGUACUAAAAACGUUCUUAAAGUUAUAAAUUUUAAAACAUAACACGGCCACACACUAAAGCAGAUUUGUUUCAUUUGGACGUUUUAGUAACAGAAUAUUGGUUGGCAACCCGUACCAAGUGUGACUUUAGUAGUAGAAUAUAAGUAGGCAACCCGUACCAAGUGGGACAUUUUUGCGUGUGGAUUAGUGAUAAUCUUAGGAUUGGGUACAUGUUGAUUUAUACAAUGUUUGUUGUGAUCCAACUGAAAACUUGUUUUUAAUUAAAUACACGUAAUCCUUAAAAAUUCAUCCAUAAACAAAAAUUUUUAAUUUACUAAAAUGCCUGUUGAUGGACGAGAACUGAUUAAGGCAAUUUCCAUCAUUGCAAAUGAACGUAAUGUGAAAGUGACAAUGAAACAAACAACCAAAGGAGCAAUGGUUUGUGCAGCAAGUGCUUUUGCAGCUGGAAUUCUGCUUGGACCUGUAGGACUGGCUAUUGGUGGCACAGCGGGCGGAUUGAUGGCUUAUAAAAUGACGAAUGGCACAUUCAGACCAUUGGCUGAUGUGUUACUAAACGAUUUAAAUGAUGACCAACAAGAGAGAUUGGUGCGACAUGUCAAUAAUGCUCUGGCUGAGUUCGCAAUCUCUGAUUUGGCAAUGCUCCUGCCGUUGUUAAUGAACAAUGCAAAUAUACAGCAGGCAGUUCUGAAAACAGUCACCAGUUUCGUAUCGAAUGAAUUGAGGUGUCAGAUCAUCGACUGACCUGUGGGUAUUUUAUGGAUUGCCAAGGACCAUGUCACAUUAUUAGGCACAAUAUUUCUUAAAAGUACAUUGUAUUUGGUAUUGCUUGCGUUUUAUUGCUGUAUUUUAUUUAUAAUAUUUCUUUAUGCCAACAUAUAUUUAAGAUAAAGAAAAGUGCAAAAACUAUGGCCAUUAGUGACAAGUAUAUACGAAGAUGGAACAUGUCAAUUAUAGGUAAUUUGUUGUAUAUGUUUAUUACCAUUAACUUGAGAGUGUAAAAAAGUACAAUUAAAUUUUUUUUCGCUAAAUUAAGCUAA